GGGGCCGCGGCAGCGCGCGCCUCCCCGCCCCCGGAACGCGCGGCGCAGGCGGCGCGGCUCACAGGGAGGUGGACCGCUGCCGGAACGGGGUCCCGGGUGUGCGUGGGGAGCGGGCUUCGGGGCGUCGGCCGCGAUGAACACGGUGCUGUCGCGGGCGAACUCGCUGUUCGCCUUCUCGCUGAGCGUGAUGGCGGCGCUCACCUUCGGCUGCUUCAUCACCACCGCCUUCAAAGACCGGAGCGUCCCGGUGCGGCUGCACGUCUCGAGGAUCAUGCUAAAAAAUGUAGAAGACUUCACUGGACCUAGAGAAAGAAGUGAUCUGGGAUUCAUUACAUUUGAUAUAACUGCUGAUCUAGAAAAUAUAUUUGAUUGGAAUGUUAAGCAGUUGUUUCUUUAUUUAUCAGCCGAAUAUUCAACAAAAAAUAAUGCUCUGAACCAGGUUGUUCUGUGGGACAAGAUUGUUCUGAGAGGUGAUAAUCCAAAGCUGCUGUUGAAAGAUAUGAAAACAAAGUAUUUUUUCUUUGACGAUGGAAAUGGUCUCAAGGGAAACAGGAAUGUCACUUUAACCCUAUCUUGGAACGUUGUACCAAAUGCUGGAAUUCUACCUCUUGUGACAGGAUCAGGACAUGUAUCUGUCCCAUUUCCAGAUACAUACGAAAUAACGAAGAGUUAUUAAAUUAUUCUGAAUUUGAAACAGCA